UCGCGUGCAGGUUGUCCAGUUGAUAGGAGAAUAUUGACGAGAUGUCUCCGAUUACGCGAAUAUUGGUGCUUGUGCUGGCGAUUGGCGGUGGCAUGCUCUACAGGAACGUUAGCCAACUGUGGGCCGAUCUACCCCCGCCAAAGCUCAAUGAACAGGAAUGGUGGGGCGACGAAGCAGAGCCGGCCGACUAUGCGGCCUAUUUGGCAAACAGCUCGGAAGUUGUCGGCAAUCGUCUAAGUUAUCCAGAUGUGCGCAUUGAGGAACUCACGAUACUCUUGAAUCAGACGCUGCGCCUCACUCCGCCCCUGGAGGGCGUGGCCUUUGAGUAUGGCUUUAAUAGCGAUUAUCUGAAGAAAUUGGUAGCCUAUUGGCGCGAUAACUAUUUGCCACGUUGGCGGGAACGCGAGGUCUUCUUGUGGCAAUUCAACCACUUUACCACCGACAUUCAAGGUCUACGCAUGCAUUUUCUACACCUCAUGGUCUACAAUGACAACAAGGUGGGGAAGAAACACUAUCCUGUACUGUUGCUUCAUGGAUGGCCCGGUUCCGUGCGCGAAUUCUACAAUCUCAUCCAUUUGCUGUAUCAGACCCAAUUGAAUAAGAAUAACAAAUACAUCUUCGAUGUCAUUGUGCCCAGUCUACCGGGAUAUGCCUGGUCACAGGGCACUUCACGGAAAGGCCUGGGGCCCGCUCAAGUAGCCGUCAUGAUUCGCAAUUUAAUGCUCCGACUCGGCUACAAGAAGUUUUUUAUACAGGGCGGCGACUGGGGAUCCGUCAUUGGCUCCAACAUAGCCACACUUUAUCCAGAGAAUGUACUCGGCUAUCAUUCCAACAUGUGUAACAACUUCAGCCCCAAAUCGCUUGUUAAGGGUAUAUUCGCCAGUUUUAUACCCAAUUUCUUCGUGUCCAGCGAAUACGCGGAUUUCUUCUUCCCCAAGUCACGUGAGCUCAGCUAUUUGCUCGAGGAGAGCGGGUACUUCCACUUGCAGGCCACCAAGCCAGACACCAUUGGUAGCGCCCUCUCCGGCAAUCCCGUUGGCCUGGCUGCCUACAUUCUGGAAAAGUUCUCCACCUGGACCAAUGCUAGUUACCGGUCCCUGCCCGAUGGGGGCCUUAAACGAAGCUACAAGCUAGACGCACUGCUAGAUAAUGUUAUGAUAUAUUAUCUGACCAACUCGAUUACCACAUCGCAGCGUUUAUAUGCCGAGGCUUAUUCGUCCGCGCAGCGAGACCUAAGGCUGGAACGCGUUCCUACGACGGUGCCAACGGGCUGUGCGCGGUUUAAGUCGGAUAUAAUGCAUUUCCUGGACUAUCAGCUUCAGGAUAAAUAUAAGAAUCUAAUACACAGUUCGUACCAUAAGCAGGGCGGACAUUUUGCGGCGCUAGAAGUUCCAAAAGUUUUACAUAGCGAUUUUAUUGAAUUUGUCCAAAAAGUAGAGAGAAAGUUUAAUAUUAAGCCGCUUUAGAAACCAUAAAACAAUUUCCUUUCAAGUCGUAUUUCUCUUUAUAUAGAGUAAUUGAUUCCCUUUGAACCGAACAGACAUAACCAUGGUGAAUGAUAAAAUACCUUUGUCUAUUAAAUAACCUAUUAGCAAUUCGUUAAA